AGUGUUCAGUACGUGACCAAACCUUCGAGAUGCAGCUGCUCUGCCUAAGUAUUGUGAUCCUCCUGCUGGUACAUCCCCCGAAUCCUUGCCAGGCGAAGCGCGUAGUGGGACCCUAUUCCACGGUUCCAUCGGGUAGGAUUAAGGGCGGUGUGGAAGCGGAGAUCGGAUUUGCCCCAUACCAGGUUUCCCUGCAACCCAUUGUGGGUUCCCAUAACUGCGGCGGUGCCAUAUUGAACGAGCAGUGGAUCAUAACCGCCGGUCACUGUGUGGAAAACUAUAUUCCUGCGCUGGUCAACGUGAUCACGGGCACCAAUAAAUGGGCAGAGCCGGGUGGCAUAUACUACACGGCAGAGAUCCACAUGCACUGUAUGUACGACCAGCCCUAUAUGCAUAACGACAUCGCCCUGGUGAAGCUCACCCAGAACAUCACCUUCAACGAGCUGACCCAACCCAUCGAUUUGCCUAUUAGACCCGUGCAUCCCGGUGACGAGAUCGUCCUUACGGGUUGGGGUGCCCACGAGGCCUACGGUGGCUCCGUGGAGGACCUGUACAAGUUGACCCUGGGAUUUGUAUCCUUUGAGGAGUGCUACAGGAUCUUCAACCAGACCAGCAGCAUGGGCGUGGGCCACAUCUGCACUUUUUCGCGGGAGGGGGAGGGCUCCUGUCACGGCGAUUCCGGCGGUCCGCUGGUCAGCGAUGGCCGCCUGGUGGGCGUGGUCAACUGGGGACGACCUUGCGGGCUUGGAUUUCCCGAUGUACACGCCAAUGUGUACUACUACCUGGACUGGAUUCGCAGCAAAAUCAGCGGCAACGACAGAUGCUACUACUAAAAGUACUUACCAAGUUGGAAAAGCUAAUUGACUUAAUGUUUAAAAAACUGUAUGCUUAAACGAGAGGAAAAUAAAGAAAAUCCUAUGGGUAUUCAAAAAUAA